AUAUUUGGUCAGAGGCGAGUGAUUCAAAGACGAAAUGUAGCAGUGGCAGUUGUGAGUUCUUCCUGUCUUGCUGGAUGACGUCGGGCCUUAUCGAAGGCACAUGUGGCGGACUGCUGUAUGCUUGUUGUCAUAGGAACACCGCGAAAACAAGCGAGCACCAUGGACCUCUGGUGACCAACGACAUUCCAGUGCCCGCUAACUAUGGCCCAGUGGUGAACGACCCCCGUAAGUUGACUGACAUUCUAAGCACAACUACUACUUUCUAUCCGGGUCCUGUAGCUUUGCAUAUCGGCGGAGAGCCACUAUACUACAAUACUACCUGUUCAAAAACAUCGAACAUCUGUAGGACCUUCCUCCAUCACUACGGAUCUAUGUAUUCUGGAGCAGCGUCAGCCAGACAGGUCCAGGUGACUUUGGGCGAUUAUGUAAUAAAUUCGGCAGUGGAACCAUUACCAGCUUACACGUUUGGAGUUAGAUUCAAGUUCACUCCACAGGCGGACAGAUUCGACGUAGCAGUUCUAAGAUUGGAUCGACCAGUACAGUACAUGGCUCAUAUUGCACCGAUUUGUUUGCCAGAAAAAGGCGAGGAUUUCCUGGGUCAAUUCGGUUGGGCGGCUGGAUGGGGUGCAUUGCAAGCUGGUAUGUUAAGAUUGAGGCCAAAAACGUUGCAAGCAGUGGAUGUGCCAGUCAUCGACAACAGAUUAUGUGAGAGGUGGCAUAAAUCAAAUGGAAUCAAUGUUAUUAUUCAUGAUGAAAUGAUGUGUGCAGGAUACAGAGGCGGUGGAAAGGAUUCAUGUCAGGGUGACUCAGGAGGACCUCUGAUGAUGGAGAGAACAGGACGGUGGUACUUGAUAGGAAUCGUCUCAGCUGGUUACUCUUGUGCUCAAAGAGGGCAACCUGGUAUUUACCACAGGGUAGCUCACACAGUCGAUUGGAUAUCAUACAUCAUCAAUUCAUAGAAAACAGAGAAAUCUCCCCUCGAUUCAAACCACCUCAAAACUUCGCUUGACUAAACAUUUUUGUACUGUGUUUUAGUCAAAGAAAACACUUAAUGAAGUCUAGAAGUCAUUGAUAUCACCCUGACAACGUUCAAUGGGUGAAUCACUUCAUCAAGCAAUGCGAUGUUAUCAAGAUUGUGUUUAAACCAAAUAUUGCCAGGAAUGCUUUGAGAAAGUUUGAAUACAUUGUUUUCUGUAAAAUAGUGAAGUGCCGGAAAUAUUCAAUAGAAUUGCCUUCGAAUGCUUUCGAGAGAGUUAGAAUACAAUUUGUUUUCUGUGAAAUAGUGAACUGCCGGAUAUACUCAAGAGAAUUGUUUCCCGAUUUUUCCACAUUUGUAGGAUUAGAAAAGAAUGAACUAUCUAUCCUAAAUGGUAUCUUGAUUCCAUGACCAAUGCAUCCGGAAAACUAAAGAACUUUACACAAAUAAGUCAAACAUGGGUAGAAUUAUCAAAUUUUUGAAUCAUUGAUUCAUAAUGAUUAGGUACUCAUGCUUCUAUGAUUCUCAAGCUCCGAGAAAGCCUCAAGUUCUUUAUAGAGCAGAAUAUAUACUUUAAUAUUAAUUUAUUUAUCUUAUAAUGUACAACGACGGGAUUAC